CUAGUCACACAGGAUAAAACUAACAAUGAAAUCGUUGGAAGUCAGUCUGCUAGAAGAAACAUCGGUUGUCAGGCAUUAGUGGCCAUUCCGGGAGAUUCCAGUGUGGUACCUAGCGAAGUUAGGUGGACAUGCACUUGGUGUUUGCAGCUCGGCGUAAUCACACGUACAAACUGUGUGGGAAAAGCUAUCGAAGAAACUACCUGGCAAAGGGCUGCUUACUCUCUUUGAGAAAACUGUGUUAGCCUAUGUAACGAACAUUUCUGGUGUGAUGUUGACUUCAAAUCAUCUCUACAUUCAUCGGUGACGUUACGUUCUUCAAAGGAUUGUGCUAUUACGUACUGAACCAAUCCAUGGUUUUCUUCUUUACGCAGCAGGAACAAGAUUGAUUGCGCUGAUACCAUACAUCGGUUAUCAUUGUUCUUUUGCCACUUCCCUGGCUUCGUCGUACGCCCAACAAGGAAAGCGCAGUCGAGCCUAGAUUUCCAGACAUCUGUUCUUCGCUGCCAGAGUCAUGUUCAGCCUGCGUCGAAACCGGGCUUUUCUGGUCAAGAUUUUGCUGCUCACUCCGUUGACUUGGCUGUGCGUUGUUCUCUACAUGAAUAGCUCUACGAAAAUCAUCCAGCAACAACAGCAAGGUCAUCAAGAGCAAAUCGUCUACGUCAAUGACAAUAAAAUACAGGUCGAAGAUAGCCGGGUCCCCCAGGAACAAAUCGCAGUUAAAGGACCACCGCUAAAAGAUAAUCUACUAAGGAAAAAGAAGCCUACACCAUCAGGUGGCGAUCGUGGAGAUGCCGGCGAUUCGGCCGACCAUAUGGCAGGUCAGGGCGUGCUGAUGCCGCCUCAUGAGCCCGAUGGCCCUGGUGAAAUGGGCAAAGCCGUCGUCUUGCCGAAAGAAAUGACUCCGGAACAGAAAAAGCUGGUCGAUGACGGCUGGCAAAAGAACGCCUUUAAUCAAUACGUUAGCGACAUGAUCAGCGUCCACCGAACACUGCCGGACCCCCGCGAUGACAGGUGUAAAGAACCGGGUCGAUACUUGACGACGCUGCCGGCCACGGAUGUAAUUGUCUGCUUCCACAACGAAGCCUGGUCAGUCCUACUGCGUACCGUCCAUUCCAUCCUGGAUCGAUCGCCGGCUCAUCUACUCAAAGAAAUUAUUCUCGUCGACGACUUUUCUGACAUGGAACACGUCAAAGCUCCAUUGGAGAACUACAUGGCGCAGUAUCCAAAGGUGAAGAUAGUGCGGCUACCGAAGCGCGAAGGAUUGAUCCGGGCGCGGCUUUUGGGCUUGGAACACGCCACCGCUCCUGUCGUCACCUACCUCGACUCUCAUUGCGAGUGCACAGAAGGGUGGCUGGAACCUCUUCUGGACCGGAUAGCCCGCAAUUCGACCACAGUUGUAUGCCCUGUGAUCGAUGUCAUUGACGAGGAUUCAUUGGCGAUCCAUUUCGAUAAGAAAUCUGUCCAAGUUGGAGGAUUCGACUGGGGAUUGCAGUUUAACUGGCAUGCCAUCCCCGAACAUGAGAAAAAGCGACGCCAACAUACGGCUGACCCAGCGUACAGUCCCACAAUGGCUGGAGGAUUGUUUUCUAUCGACAGAGAGUUCUUCAAGAAGUUAGGCACCUAUGACGAUGGAUUCGACAUCUGGGGAGGCGAAAAUUUGGAACUCUCCUUCAAGACGUGGAUGUGUGGUGGAACGUUGGAAAUCAUUCCGUGCAGCCAUGUGGGUCACAUCUUCCGCAAACGGUCGCCCUACAAAUGGCGAACUGGAGUUAAUGUCCUUAAAAGAAACAACGUCCGAUUGGCUGAGGUUUGGUUGGAUGAAUACUCCGAGUAUUAUUACCAGCGUAUUGGCCAUGAUCGGGGAGAUUAUGGAGAUGUCUCGUCCAGAAAACGUCUCCGAGAAGAGUUGGGUUGCAAAUCUUUCAAGUGGUACCUAGACAAUAUCUUCCCGGAGUUGUUCAUUCCCGGCGAUGCGGUCGCAUCCGGCGAGGUUCGCAAUUUGGGAUUUUCACCAGCCUAUUGUUUGGACGGUGCCGCACGCAAAGCCAAUCUGCACAAGCCGAUCGGCCUAUGGCCUUGCCACGGCCAGUCCGGAAACCAGUUUUGGCUGUAUAGUAAAACUGGGGAGAUUCGUCGAGACGAAGCCUGUUUGGAUUAUGCUGGAUCAGACGUCAUCCUUUAUCCUUGCCAUGGUGCCAAAGGCAAUCAAUAUUGGGAAUACGAUCCCGAGACAAAUUUUGUGCAGCACGGAAGCAGUAAGAAUUGCUUGGCCAUCAGCGAGGACAAGAAGAAGAUCACAGUAGAGAAGUGUUCUGAAGACAACCCUAGGAUCAAAUGGAAGUUUGAGAAAUUUGAGGCAACAAAGAAACUACAACUGUAAAAUAUCAGCAGAGGUAAAAAAAACACUGGCCAACUCUCAAGUUUGCAAGAUCAAAAUUUGGUUUACCAAGUUGCAGCUGCUGCGUUGGAGUUUUAUUUCAACCGCAACAUUGAAGUCAAGCUUAUGCAACUAUGCAUAGAAUAUUUUUUUUUGUAAGCUGAAACGCGACGUCAAGACUUCUAGAAGCAAUUGACAACAGCCUGUUGAGAGCCGCAUCGGCCUCAUAUUUUCCCCAUAAAUUAUCCAUAUCGAUAACGACACAUUCCUGACUUUAGGUUUAUCUAAUAAUUUUCUUUCAUUUCGUGUGUACGGUGAACCUUCUAAAAGUAUUGCUACAAAAUUUAUUUCAUGUUUAUUCUUUCUUUUCUGGAUUUGUGGUUCCCUUGAAACGCUCAAAAUGGAUUCAGUUAACGUAUUUUUGUUUUGUUUUUUAAUUUGAAUGCAGUAGUUCAUUCCACUGUAAGAAAAUUCGAGCACAAUUUUUUGUUAUACCAUACUUGACGUGGAUAUGCUUGCGUGCUGUUACCUUUUUUACCAUUUCAAGUCCGGCUGGAGUCACGGAGUUAAAAGCCCGAGUAUAAAACAAGCAAAAUUAAAAUUACACUAUCAAAAGUUAUACUACAAAUUUGAGUCAUAUCGAACCGUGGCACCGUGGUUUAGACGAUCAAGCCUUCAUUGACUCUUGCUUCUAAAGCUCGAUGUUAAGUAUUUGUUUAGGAAAAUUCCAAAGGAGGUGGUUCUUCUAUUAUUUGUUUCCUUUCUUGAGUGCGAUUGCAUGUGUUCUAUGUUGUAAAGCUGUAUACGUUAUUAUCCAACAUAUUUGAUUACGAUUGUAAUGUGUCUUUAUUAAAGAAUAGCAUAUGUUGUGUUUCUCUGCACAGUGCCUUACAAACAAACUAGAUAAAGAAGCGUGCAUUAAGAAUAAAAUGGAUAAAUCCUC